AUGAAGGCUGUCCAGUCUCUCGCUCUCGGCCUCGCCGUUUUCACUCCUCUGGCCUCCGCCUGGCCCAGAUGGCUCCCGGAUGUCGAUGCCCUGGUUGUGCGCCAGAACGACGAAUCUUCCGCACCUGCCGCAACUGAGACCGCGGCCACCAGGACAGGGGCCACGGCAACACCAGCGGCCACGGCCACGGGAAAUGCAGAGGAAACAAAGACGGAUGGUGCCAAGACCACCAACCUCAACACCGCAAAGGGGUCCUCGGAGACGGGUACGGAGACGGGCACUGGUGCCAAAACCGGCACCAAGACUGGUACCAGCAAGUCAAAGUCUACCGCUUUCGACGAGACCGACCCUCAGGGUAGCGUUGUCAUGAUCACGCCGGCAGCCACGGCACAGUCUAUCAACCUUUACAAGAUCGGAGACUACGUCACCUGGGGAUGGAAUUACACGAACCUCCAGGCCACGCCCACCGCCAUCGAUGUCCUCGUCUCCUGCUCCUCCAUGGCCCAGACCUGGACGCUCACUCAGAACAUGAGCUUUGCCCAGCCCGCCUCCUUCACCUGGGACUCGAGCGUACAAAAGACCGACGCCUCGGCACCGCUGCGCAAUGAUGCGUACACUCUCAUCAUUUACGAUGCGGAAUCGAGCGUCAGCGCGACUGCAGCUCCUGGCUACUUGGGCGUCUCCAACAGCUUCACAUUCGGCAUGUACCUACCAAAAGACUACCAGCCUUUGAACGAGUGGACCUGUGCGGUUUGCAAGUCGGCUGCACCCUCUCUGGAUAGAAAGGCCGUUGGCAUGGCUGUAGGCAUGAGCAUGGUCACCGUCGCCAGCUUCACGUGGUUCGUGGCGGGACUCGGCAUGUUCUAA